AUGUCGACGUUCUCAGAGCAGAGUCAGUUUAAUUCCAAGCGCACGAUUGUUGUGCUAAAUGUUCCUUCAUGUAUCGUUGAAGAAGAUUUGAUUAUUCACUUUCAGAAAGCAAAAUAUGGAGGCGGUGAUGUCGAUGAUGUUGUGAAAGUUGGAAGCGACGCGUUUGUCACAUUUGACUCAGUUGAAGAUGCAAGAAGGGUCCUUAGCCAUCCUAUGCAAACCAUUGAAAAUAGGAAGGUUGAAAUUCAGAAUUAUGAAGUAUGGUUUACAGAGAAGAAGAAACAAGAAGAAACUGCAGAAGAGAGAGAAGACGGAAGACGUAAUGAAGAUGAAAAUGGAGUGAAAACAAUCUUCGUCAGUGGUAUUAAGAAAGAGACAACCAAGGACUCGAUUUGUUUGUUCUUUGAAAAUAAAAGGAGAACAAACGGAGGGGAUCUGUGUGAGGGUAAAGAGGGAUACAAGAGGAUCUCUCCUACCGUUGCCCGUUUAACAUUCGUUUCCCCCGAAGAUGUGCAAAAUAUUCUCAGGAAAGCAAAUAAAGAAACACUUCAACUGGACGGCAAUGUUGUAAACGUCAGCACAGACUACGAACCGACGUAUUACAGGAGUGUUCUACUCGCCAAAAACCUUAAUCCAAAAACAGGGGAGGAAACGUUGAAGAAUUUUGUGGAAGCGACGAAAAAUACCGAUGUCUGGAAAGUAGUUCUAGGCAAAGAUAACAAGGCUAUUGUAAUUCUAAAAAGUGACAUAGACGAAGAGCCACAAUCAGAGAGUUUUACCAGCGAAAUUUCGAGCGACAAUUUGGAACUGGAAGAAUCUGUUAUUUCGCUAGAAUUCGCUCCCCUGACAAGAAGCAUUCGAGUCACUAAUAUUCCUCAAGAUACGAGUCGGGAUGCAAUCAAAUACAAGUUUAAAAACCCUAAAAUUGGAGGUGGCAGGGUGACAGACGUUAAAAUGGAUGAAAAAAAUGGCGUCGCAAUAGUUGGCUUUGAGGAGUCUUCGGUUGUUUCCGAGCUCGUUAAGAGGGAACACAGAUUAAAUGAAGUUUGUUUAGCCGUCAUUCCCUAUUACGAUGAUUUUGAAGAGCGGCCCAAAGUACCUUUAACGUUCGACUUCUCCAGUAACUAUCGCGUCAAGCCUUCCGUCAUGGACUAUAUUAAAAACAACAAAGAAAUUGAAAAAAAGAAGUUUGAUCUUAAGUCGACGGAAUAUGAUGAAGAAAAGUCAAUAUUUCAUUUCACGAAAGAAUUCGACGAUCAUGAUCUUGCGAAAAAAUUUGAAGCCCUAUUGCACGAAUUCCUUGACACGUUUGACAAGGACGAAAUCAGAAUUCCCAAACCUCAUUGGAAAAAAGUCAAAGAGACGAUUGAAGGCAAACGUGAAGAAUUCGACGAUGCCGCAGUCGAUUUGAUCUUUGACAAUGAUAAUUAUUCUCUUUCUUUUGUUGGUAAGAAACGGAGCAUCGGCGAAAAGAAGCACCUGGUUGAGAUGAUGAUAGAUCAAUUGACGGCCGAGGCAAACAUCGAAACAAGAGAUCUGGAGUUGCCUUUGGAGGGCAAAAAUAAAUUAAGAUUCAUGAAUUUUAUUGGUUAUUUUGAGAAACUGAUGGGGGAAUUUCCGGAAAUAAAAAUUCAUGGAAUCGAUGGCUCUUCUGGUAAAUUGUCGCUCGUUGGACGACCAGAGAAAGCACGGGAAUUAGAACUACGAAUCUUGCAAGAUAUAAUGAAGAUCUCCGAGAUCGAAGUGCCGUUGAGCCACCGGCAAGUUGCCUUCUUGAAGUUGACUGAUUGUCAGCUUGUGAACGAAGAACUCAACCGAGAUGACGUCAUGUUAAUGGUGAUAAAUACCGAAGGGCGUGAUGCAAAAGACUCACAAGCGAAGUUAUUUUCCUUGAGAAAAUAUGACACUGGAAAGGCGAAGUUGCUGAAAGAGAAGGUAAAAACGAAAACAUCAGAGACGUGUGUAGAAGUGGACGAAAAAACGGCAGAGAUUCUAACAAAGUCGGGGAAACUACAACGAUUCACGGAAGAAAUGUCGAGAAAACAAGUGCUAAUCGACUCUACUGAUCCUUGUAAUAUUUGGAUAGUUUGUGAAAGAUCCAGGAUUUCUAACGUCGAACGAGAACUGGGAAGUUUGACCGAUGAGAAAAAAAUCUCAAGUGAAAUAUUCAAACUCAGGGAUCCGAUGAAAUAUCGUUUCCUUAAGGAGCAUUGCUUUGAUAAUCAAAUUAAAAAACACGAGAAACGUUUGGAAAAAGAAGGCGUUUCUGUUAACAAAACUCGCUUUAAUACAAUUGAAGUGAUAGGAACACCACUUGGGAGAAAACAAAUGAUGGAACUUCUCAGUUAUCUGGCUAAAAGUAUUGAAUCCAGAGUUUAUCACCUGACUGAACCGGGAAUGAAAAAGCAAAUGAGUGUAGAGGCAACAAAGGCAAUUAUUUCCGGGAUUGAAAAAGAUCAUAGAUGUGUUAUUAAACGAGGAAAUGAUGAAAGCGCUGUACUGGGACAUGGGAUGAUCGCAAAGUCUAGUGGUGUGGCAGAAAUGAACUUGCCCUACGCUUCCAUGUGUUUCGUAAACGAUAAGCAAGUGAAAAUGUCCUCUGGACAAACGAUAUCCAUAGUUGUAGGAGAUUUAGCACAACAAAAGGUCGAUGUAAUUGUAAAUUCAAGCGAUGAAAAAGUCAAUUUGAAGGCGACCCCUUGUGGUAAGGCGUUGCUGAAUGUGGCUGGCGAUGAACUAUUGACUGAGUGUCAGAAAAUUGGACUUCUUGAGUUAGGGGAUUUGGCGUUAACUGGACCAGCAAAACUCAACUGUAAAUUCGUGUUUCAUGUUCGCGCAUCUCCCUACGAAUGCGGCAGAGGUGUUUUGGUUCUUCAAAACAUCAUUAAAAAAUGUCUGGCGGAAAUGGGGGGGAAGAAUUUGACAUCCAUAGCGUUCCCAGCCAUCGGCUCGGGGAAUUUAGGUUUCCCGCGUCGAGUAGUCACAGAGAUUCUUUUUAAAGAAAUGACUGACUUCUUCACAAUGUUUCCAAAAUCGCCGAUCAACGACAUUCGUUUUGUGGCGUACAGUAAAGACCAAGGAACGAUUGGCGAAUUUCUAGGUGCUGUCCAAGAAAUCAAGAGUAUGACUAUAUCCUCUGCAGGAAAGAACGUGCCAAUUUCAACGGUUUCAACGCCCGCGGCCGUGAAUGAUAAUCCUGCAACAACCGCACCCUCUGGGGCAAACAAUGUCACUACAAAUGAGAAACCAGACGGAACGUUAGAACUUUGUUUUGGAACUAAGAAUCUCACAGUUCAAAUUGUCUGCGCUGACAUCAGCAAAGAAACGACUGACCUCAUUAUGCACGUGAUCAAUCAAGGUUUGUCCUUCCAGGGUGGAGUGGGAAAAGCGCUGAUAAUUGCGGGGGGCGAUAGCAUCGUUGAAGAAACUCGGGCGCUCGGAAAGCCAGCUCCUUUUUCAACGCUGUACACAAAAGCGGGAAGCCUAGCUGUCAACCAAAUCGCUCACGUGAUCGCACCAGCCUCUAUUUCAUACACGGAGCUGAAGAAAUGCCUGGAUAAUUUUUUCGCCGAUGUGUCAGCGAAAAAUAUUGCCAAGAUUUCGCUAUCUGCCAUCGGCGCGGGUGCGAUGGGCUUCUCAGAGACGCAAUCGGCUGCUUUGAUAUUUGAUAACUUGUUGAAGAUUGCCAACACAACUAGCGGGAGCUUGAAUCUAGUACGCAUAGUUAUUCUUGAGAAAAUAAAGUGUAUAAGAUUCAAAGAUGCAGCCAAGGCUUUUUUUGCCUCUGGUGGUGCGGUCAGUGGUUCCACCCUGCAAAAAGCCUGGAUUCCAACAACAGGAGGCCAGGACACAUCAGUCACAAUCUAUUCUGAUGAUCGUAGAACAUGUGACAGAGCCUGGGGUGAAUUGAGAAAAAAUAUGAAGGAAAAUAUCAAGGAAAUUAAUGUUCCAGAUGACAACAUAAAAAAGUUUACUGACGGACAUAUUGGUCGGUUGGUUCAACUGGAGCGGCGUUUUGAUGUCAAGAUCAAAGUGGAUCAGACCAACGGAUCUAUUACCAUCAUUGGACAUCAUGCAGAUAUUUCAACUAUCCAGGAAGAGAUACGCAGGAUGAUAAUAGAGAUCUUAAAAAAGGAUAUCUCUGUUUCACAACCUUCAACAAAACUUCCGUCACAUUGGGACACCUCGCUGAAUGCCAAGGUUAACAGGGUUAAACUUGUGGCCAGCAGUAAAGAAUACAAAGACGUUGAAACGGAAUUCAGAAAAACUGUUCCGAAUCAAAUUGUCUCCAUCGAAAGAGUGCAGAAUAAGGAACAGUAUGAACUGUAUGAUUUGAAACGCAGAGCGAUGAUGGCAAAAUAUGGCAGCAAUUUCGCAGGAAAGGAAAAGAUGUUGUUUCAUGGAACUCCGCCACAAAAUGUUGAUAAAAUCAACUAUGGUGGAUUGAACAGGAGUUUUGCAGUUUCUGGUGCCUCUCAUGGUCAAGGUGUAUACUUCGCCAGAGACGCCAGUUAUUCCGUGAGCACGCGCUACUCACCUCCAGAUCCUCAAACAGGACUUCGGUACAUGUAUUACGUCAACGUUCUGGUAGGAGAGUAUGCGGUGGGUAACUCUGGUAUGAAAGUGGCGCCUACAAAGAGUACGGCGAAUCCCAACGAAAAAUUCGACUCCGUAGUAGACAAUCUUACAAACCCAGUAAUGUAUAUUCUGUUUCAAGAUUACGACUAUUAUCCAGAGUACUUGAUCACUUUUAAAUAGCCGGUUGACAUUCAAUGAAGUAAUCUAUAAUUGAAAGAAUCGAUUAUGCAUAAAGCAGCCGACUAUCGAGGUAUCUCUUCCCGAUUAUUGUUUACUUGAUCCACAACUUAAUCUAUACAUUGAAUAAGAACAUAACUAAUAUCAAAGAGAAAAAUCGUGACCGUGACGAACAUGCACCCAAAUUGGCAAAUUCAUCAGUUCGUUUUUUAAUUUUCUAAAGUUAUCAAUAAGAAUUAAACACUCAAGUUAGUGUAGUCAUUGCUGAACAAUCGUCUAGCGGCUACCGUACGCGUUUUAUCAGCCGGAUUGACGCGAGUUCCUCUUAACUGUAUUGCGCAGUAAUUGUUUGUGGUUAGCGCGGUCGUUCAAGCCCUCGCAGUGUCAAAAAUAUAUGUUGCGAAUUCUUAUUUAAUUUCGAAGUCCUGAAAGAAAGGAUUAAA